AUGACUUCUCUCAAUGUCACUGAGUUCCAUCCUUCUUCAUUCCUUUUGUUGGGGAUUCCAGGAUGGGAUGCUGCACAAAUCUGGUUUGGCUUUCCUUUCUGUGUUGUUUACCUAACUGCUCUUGUGGGAAAUGCCAUUAUCUUGUUUGUGAUCUGGACUGAUCAUAGCCUCCACCAACCCAUGUUCUACUUUCUGGCCAUGCUCUCAGGGAUUGACCCAGGUCUCUCCACUGCUACCAUCCCCCAGAUGCUGGGCAUCUUCUGGUUCAGCUUCCAGGAACUGGGCUUUGGGUGCUGUGUUGCACAAGUCUUUUUUAUCCACUUGUUCACAGUCAUGGAGAGCAUUGUACUUCUGGGCAUGGACUUUGAUCGCUAUGUAGCUAUUUGCAACCCCCUGAGGUAUACUACGAUCCUCACCAACAGAACCGUUGGUGUGAUUGCUGUCCUUGUAGUCCUAAGAAGCUUAUUCAUGAUUGCUCCUAUCAUUUUUCUCCUCCUGAGACUUCCUUAUUGUGGACACAGAAUCAUCCCUCACACUUAUUGUGAGCAUAUGGGAGUGGCUCGCCUGGCUUGUGCCAGCAUCACUGUCAACCUUUAUUAUGGUCUAGGGAAUAUUUCUAUCUUGUUUCUGAAUGUGCUUCUUAUCAUCAUUUCCUGUGCUAGGAUCUUAUACACUAUCUUCCACCUUCCUUCUCAAGAUGCCCGUUUGAAGGCUCUAAAUACUUGUAGCUCCCAUAUCUGUGUCAUCACAGCUUUCUUUGGCCCAGCUCUGUUCUCCUUUCUCACUCAUCGUUUUGGUCAUAGUAUUCCCCAGUGUAUCCAUAUACUCCUAGCUAACUUCUAUGUGGUUAUUCCCCCUGCUCUCAACCCAGUUAUUUAUGGGUUGAGGACCAAACAAAUCCAGGAGCAAGUGCAGAAUCUCUUUGUUAUAAAAAGACUGAAUGAGAAGUAA